UGCUCAUGAGAGAAAUAAGACCAAGUUAGUGUUGCGCAGCCGGUCAAGCUGUGAUAAGUCAGCUGGUAAACAAACUAUUCACCAAGCAAGAAACGUGCAAGUCAAACAACAACCCGUUGCCCACCUGUUUCAUUGAAUUUGCGCUCUUUUCUCUUGUGGAAGAUGAAUAAAAGUGAUAGCUGGAAGGCCCAAAUGACAACAACGAAUGGAAAUAGAAAGAGGCCAUUGCCAAUGCCUCUUUAUCAUCAUCAUAAUGAAUCAAGUUCACAGCAUUUUGAUUUAAUCAAGUACAUACACGAAUCUUGGAAUUCAGUGACUAAAGAAUUAGAUGAUUGUCAGAAUCAGCAGCAUGGCAACUCUUCAAACAAUAGUAGCAGUGGUUUAGUAACUUAUUAUCGAGAAUAUGAACCUAGUUCACGACUCAAAGGUUUUGAGCCAUUUAAUUUAGAAACUACUCGGAAUCUACAAGGAGUACAUAGUAUAGUCAGGAAUUCAAGUUCAGAAACUUGGAUGACAAAAAAACGCAUUUUAUAAAAGAAUUUGAAAAAUUUAACAGGGCAUAAAAAUCUAAGAGAUGUGAAUAAUUUCUUAUCAGUCAAUUUUGCUAGUCGUUUAAAAAAUCGAAAUAUAUAACUAUAAAUUUAUAAAGUCAAUAGAGAAAUGGUUACCUAAGAAUAUCUGUCAUGAAAAGAGAGAAAUUUAUACUUAGACAUUCCAUAUGUUAUCCUUGCUAAAGCAUUACAAAAAUUACAAAUUAUUAAUUUUGUAAAAUUUAGUAUUUCAUUUAAUUAGAACUGUCUACUAUAUCUGUUUAGUUUUAUAUUAGUAUUGCAAGCUUUUAUUACAGAAAAUAACUUAUUUAUUCUGCACUGUAAGAGGAUUGUAAUCUUUUUACAAAGAAUGGAAUAUGUACCAUUUAUAUAAUGUAAAUUCAUAUAAAUAAUAAAUGUUGCAAAAUUGAGAGAAAGAAAAUUUAUGCAUUAGCAACCCACGUUUGUAAAAGUAGAAAACGUAUUUGAAUCAUUCACGAAACAUGUAAUUCUAUGUUAACUUUGCAGAAUUAAAGAAAAAUUCUUAUUAAUAUA